AUGCCUGGUGAAACGGAAACUACAAUUAUAUCAAUUUCAGCAGAAAGUGUUUCCACAAUUGGAUAUGUCCCAGAAACAUCAGCAGCAAGUGAAACUAUUGCUACCAGUACUGCGAAAAUAACAAUACCAGCUGCAACUUCAUCUGAAAGUAGCGAGGAAACAGUCUCACUGAGUAGCACUAGUACGUCAAAAAACUUGGUAUUCGUACGAAUGCUGCAAAUCGAGAUACAUACAACGAAAGACAAACCGUGA